CAGAGCCUGUGCAGCAGUGCAGUAUAAUGGGAGCGUAAGCAACCCAGAGCGCCUCAUAGGGGGCUGUAUAUCGCUGCUGUAUCCUCUGCUUGGCGCUCUCUAGCCCCUCUCCAACCCCUCUCCAGCACCUUACCUUUACCAGCCCAUGCUCGGGCUCCCCCCUCCCCACUGGAUCCGUACCCUUCGACAUGGAUGUCCCGCCGUCCCUCGACCCGGAGGAUUGUUGUUUCUUGGCGCAGUGAAGGAGGAGAAGGAGAAAGGGGAAGGGGAAGGAAUCAUGCCGGGACUGCUAAUGGAUUUAGGGAAAGCGCAAGUGACCAUGCCGUGAUCUUGCGCAUCCAGGGCCGCCGUCACCCUGCCUUGCCCAACGAGCGUAGAAGAAUUACGGGGGAAUCGAACCCGCGCACCGGGGGGAUUAAACCACUGUGCAUUUUUUUAAAAACAACAUGAAGAUUACCUCCCAUCAUCUGAUGAUAAGCAGUCUCGUUUUCAGGUCCAACCUCAGGCUGAUCCCGCUUCUGCUGCUGUUUCUUGGUUACUCUCGCGGGAUGCCACACGUUUUAAGAUUUGGAGGAAUAUUUGAAUCCAUUGAGAGCGGCCCCUCCGGAGCAGAGGAACUAGCCUUUAAAUUUGCCUUGAACACAAUCAACAGGAAUCGCACAUUGCUCCCCAACACCACGCUGACCUAUGACAUCCAGAGAAUAAACAUCUUCGACAGCUUUGAGGCCUCCAGGAAAGCAUGUGAUCAGCUUUCCCUCGGGGUGGCGGCCAUCUUUGGCCCCUCACACAGCUCGUCGGCCAACGCAGUACAAUCCAUCUGCAAUGCUUUGGGAGUGCCCCACAUCCAGACCAAGUGGAAGCACCAAGUGUCCGACAACAGGGACUCGUACUAUGUCAGCCUGUACCCCGACUUCUCCUCCCUCAGCAGAGCCAUCCUCGACCUGGUGCACUUCUUCAAGUGGAGAACAGUCACUGUCGUGUACGACGACAGCACAGGUACAGGUCUCAUUCGACUGCAGGAGCUGAUCAAGGCACCGUCACGAUACAACAUUCGUUUGAAGAUCCGACAGCUGCCCACAGAGACCAAGGAUGCCAAGCCACUUCUGAAGGAGAUGAAGAAGGCAAAGGAGUUCCAUGUCAUCUUUGAUUGUGGACAUGAGAUGGCCGCGUGGAUCCUAAAACAGGCCCUGGCCAUGGGUAUGAUGACAGAGUACUACCAUUAUAUUUUUACUACCCUGGACCUUUUUGCCCUCGACAUGGAACCGUACCGUUACAGUGGAGUCAACAUGACCGGGUUCCGCAUCCUCAACACAGAAAACUCUCAGGUGUCGUCAAUCAUCGAGAAGUGGUCAAUGGAGCGGCUACAAGCCCCACCCAAACCGGACUCAGGCCUGCUGGAUGGAUUCAUGACGACGGAUGCAGCGCUGAUGUACGACGCCGUGCACGUGGUGGCGGUGGCGGUGCAGCAGUCGCAGCAGAUCACGGUCAGCUCUCUGCAGUGUAAUCGCCACAAGCCGUGGCGCUUCGGGGGCCGUUUCAUCAGCCUCAUCAAAGAGGCUCACUGGGAUGGUUUGACAGGACGCGUUCUCUUCAACAAGACCAAUGGACUGAGGACAGAUUUCGACCUGGAUGUCAUCAGUCUGAAGGAGGAAGGACUGGAAAAGAUUGGAACAUGGGAUCCUCCCAGCGGUCUGAAUAUGACAGAGUCUCACAAAAGCAAGACAUCCAACAUCACCGACUCUCUGGCUAACAAAUCCCUGCGUGUAUCCACUAUACUGGAGGAGCCAUAUGUGAUGUUUAAGAAGUCAGACAAGCCUCUGUAUGGGAACGACCGUUUCGAGGGGUACUGCAUCGACCUGCUAAGGGAGCUCUCUGGCAUCCUGGGGUUCCGCUAUGAGGUGCGAUUAGUGGAAGAUGGGAAGUACGGCGCGCUGGAUGAGAGCAUGGGCCAAUGGAACGGCAUGGUGCGGGAGCUAAUGGACCAUAAAGCAGACCUGGCAGUGGCUCCUCUGGCCAUCACCUACGUCAGGGAGAAGGUCAUCGACUUCUCAAAGCCCUUCAUGACGCUGGGGAUAAGUAUCCUGUACCGCAAGCCCAACGGCACCAACCCCGGAGUCUUCUCCUUCCUCAACCCCCUCUCGCCCGAUAUCUGGAUGUAUAUUCUGCUGGCUUGCUUGGGUGUCAGUUGUGUGCUGUUUGUCAUAGCCAGGUUCAGCCCUUACGAGUGGUACAACCCACAUCCAUGCAACCCAGACUCGGAUGUGGUGGAAAACAAUUUUACGCUGCUCAAUAGUUUCUGGUUUGGCGUUGGGGCUCUCAUGCAGCAAGGCUCAGAGCUCAUGCCCAAGGCCCUGUCGACUCGGAUAGUGGGAGGCAUCUGGUGGUUCUUCACCCUCAUCAUCAUUUCCUCGUACACGGCCAACUUGGCUGCCUUCCUCACUGUGGAGAGGAUGGAGUCGCCCAUAGACUCAGCCGAUGACCUGGCCAAGCAGACUAAAAUCCUGUAUGGGGUGGUGGAGGACGGCGCCACCAUGACCUUCUUCAAGAAAACAAAAAUCUCAACCUAUGACAAGAUGUGGGAGUUCAUGAACAGCAGGAGGCAAUCUGUGAUGGUCAAGAAUGUGGAGGAGGGCAUCCAGCGCGUGCUGACCUCAGACUAUGCCUUCCUCAUGGAGUCCACCACCAUUGAGUUUGUCACCCAGCGCAACUGCAACCUCACCCAGAUCGGAGGCCUCAUAGACUCCAAAGCCUACGGAGUGGGAACACCUAUGGGCUCCCCAUACAGAGACAAGAUCACGAUAGCCAUUCUGCAGCUGCAAGAGGAAGGGAAGCUGCACAUGAUGAAGGAGAAAUGGUGGCGAGGGAACGGCUGUCCCGAGGAGGAGAGCAAGGAGGCCAGCGCUCUGGGGGUGCAGAACAUCGGCGGGAUCUUCAUCGUGCUGGCUGCGGGACUGGUGCUGUCAGUGUUUGUGGCUGUAGGGGAGGUGCUUUACAAGUCUAAGCAGAAUGCCCAGCUGGAGAAGCGAUCAUUCUGCAGCGCCAUGAUGGAUGAGCUGCGCGUGUCUCUGAAGUGCCAACGCCGUCUCAAACAGAAGCCUCAGCCGCCCGUCAUCGUUAAGACAGAGGAGGUCAUUAACAUGCACACGUUCAACGACAGGAGACUCCCAGGAAAGGAAACCAUGGCAUGAGCGCUGAGCAUGCCCCCUCGACAAAGACCACGGAGGGGAGACGGGGGUGGAAUGAACUCUGACUUAAACCACAGACUGAGGCUAGCAGUCAAAACAGGACUCCUUUUGAACCCACUUGCUUAUGUAGACAGAUGUUUCCUGUGGAAAUAUAGAUACCUGAGCAGUGUCACCUCACUGUGACGUUCACUUUCGGAAGGGAGCUGGAAAGGAUUGACUCAAAAGUGUGUGUAAAUUGAAAAAGGGAUCCAAGCAGGUUUGGGUCAAAACAUAAGUCCGGUCCAUAGUAGAAGUGGACUUCAACACAUACACGUAACACAUACACACACACAUACACGCACACACACUCUCAUCUGACACACCUGUGCAGAAGGGAAAACUCUAUUGUGACAGUAACACCAGAUGUAGUUUUUCUGUUGAUGUCAAUGCCCUUUUGUCUUACCUCCAUGUGUGUUUGACCCCAUCGGUCCCUCCCUUCAGUGGCUUGAGUUUCUUUCAAAUGAUUUAAACAAACACUAAUCUCACACCAACAAAGGGAAGGGUAGUCAGUGCCAAAUGGUUUCCUAUGAACCGAUGUAUAAAAGUGAUAUUUAGUUUGGAAUCAUCUAUGCUGACCUUGUCCAAUAUUCAUUGUUUUCUUCUGUAAUGCCUUUCUCGUGCCAAAGUUCUGCCAUCGUGAAGAACUUUCUACCAUGCCUAUGAUUAUGUUCAAAGCCUCUACAAGCAAUGUAUACUGUCAAAGUCCUUCUCCAUGUCCGUCCUUACACGCGGUCUGCAGUUUUCACUCUGUAUCAGUUGUUGUUUAAAAAUGCAGGAUUUCUACAAAAAUGUUUGUUUUUGUACAAGAACAAGAAGUUUUGUAGUACUUUGUAUCAUGGUAGCCCCUCCUGUGGACAAAAUAUGUAGCAGAUACCAACUCAGCCCUCAAAUUCUGUCAACUGGUGGCUAUGGGGCUUCAAACUCUGCUGUGUAGGGUUCAUUUCUCUCAUCAUUCGGAGAUUCAGUCUUUUGUCUGUCAGUAUCAUGGGGCCACCUGUACAUACCGUCUG